AAACGAAAGUUAGAGCGGCAGCUUUCAGCAGACAGCCGCAUAAAAGAGGUCCACCUGGGGACAGCGGGUGUGAACAGAGCCGGGUCAGGGGGUCAGGAGGUCGGAUCAGUGUCAGUCUGACAGCCGGAGCGGGAUCUGGACCCGGGAGUCCACAUGGAACCAGGGACCACCAGGGACCGGCAGGAAAGUUCAGAGGGAGGAAGAGGGAGCAGCCCAGUCCAGGUCUGGGACACCGAGUUUCAUCUAAAACCUGAGGUGCUUCUGCUGUCAGUUUACUGUCGAUAAAACCCUUCAUUUAGUUUAUCUAUUAUUUUUUCCAAACUGGACUUGACGGUUACACAUUUGUCAAGAUGUCGCCUCCAUCCAGACUGGAUCCACUUUUAGAGUCGUUUGACUUCAAACUUGUUUGUGAUAAAUGUUCCGUCAAAGACAAGGAGAUCACGUACAGACUGAAGGCGGUUCAACACCAGUGUGGACGCAGCGUCCUGCUCUGUCGAGGCCGAGGUCGGACCGUCUGGAGGCCCAUCAAACGUCGACCCCCCUUCCCGAACCCGAGCCAGUACCUGGUUUGUUGGCAUUUUGUGGAGGACCAGGGCUGCACCCAGCAUAAGAAUCGCUGCUUUUACGCCCGGAGCGAGGAGGAGGCGUCGGUGUGGACGUUUCAGAAGCGUCAGGGCUUGGACCACGAGGAACUGUGUCGACUAGUCGCCAGGUUGGACGGAGGAGGAUCUGCUUCUGCUCAAAGCACCGAGGCCAAACCGUCGGACCUCCUACCGACUCUAGAUCUGAAAGCUGUAUGUGAUGUUUGCUCUGUUAAGCAGAAAGAAGUAACCUACGCCGUUCGGUCCGUCAGUCACAAAUGCAACAGAAAUCUCCUUCUCGCUAAAGACAAAGCGUCGAACCAGUGGAGGCCUGUGUCCGACCGACCCACAUGUGUCCGGAUGGGUCCAAACGUCCUCUACGAAGUUUGUCGAUACUUCAUAGAGGAUUUAGGAUGCAGGCAACAUGGAGACAACUGUACGUUUGCCCGAAGCCAGGAGGAGGCCACGGUUUGGAACUACAUCAGAGACAGAAACCUGAACAUCGUGGAACUCCUCCGACUCAUCGGCGAGUCCGAAGCGACACAGAAAACUCCAGAAGACGAAGCCAAACGCAUCCUCCAACACUUCCCCGGUGAGUUCAUGGAGCUGUGUAAAGUCUGCUUCCAGGGUCGGCCUCCAAAGCUGGCGGUGAAAAAGUGGAACGACACCUGCUCAGCAGACGCCGCCCACCUGUGGGAGCCGGUGUUGGUCCACCACCAAUCAGACAACAGGAAACACGUCUACAACCAGGUGAGGCCGCCGCCCGCCAACGGCCCGCCCAAAUACUGCAGCCACGUCCGGGAGGGGAAGCCCUGUUGGCACGGCGCCAGCCACUGCGGCUCCGCCCAGAGCCAGGUGGAGAUGGAGGUGUGGCUGGCGGAGCAGGCGGGGCUUCCCGUUCGCUGUCUUCUCCUUCAGAUGGGCGGAGCUGGGCGGGCGGAGUCCAAGCCGGUCACCAUGUAUUGCAAAGUGUGUCUCCUCGUCCUGUCGUCUCCAGAGAGCUUCUACAAACACUGCUCGUCUUUGGAGCAUGCCCAGUUACUGUCUGAGGACACGAGUGUCCGCUGGAGAGGCCGCCGGCCGCCGCACGACCGCCGCGCCGAGUUCUGGAUGUGUGACAGACCUAAGACCUGUGAAUACGGGACCCAGUGUCCUAAGGCUCAUUCACCUGAGGAGCUUCAGGAGUGGAUGAUGCGCGUGGCGGAGGUGAAGCAGAUCCGACAGAACAUCGAAUCCCAGGGUCUGAUGUGUUACAAUGAAAAGCUGCUGGGGGAAUACAGAAACAGCAGCAACGAAGUCUACAUCAUGUCAGAACAUGUGGAUGAUGUCAGCGUCUCCUGUGAUGAAGAUUUAACUGUGAGCUGUGACCAGAUGGAUGUGACGCAGAAGUGGAAUUUCCACGUUGAAACAGAGAGGCAGCUUGUGCAUGUGGCGUUGCUGAAGCAGGAACCUGGAGCGUCCUUCUCGCUGGGUGACGUCCGUUCAAAUCCUUGCUGCAUCUACUCGUCAGGCCAGGCUUUCCUCCGCCCGGACGCGACCUAUGACCUCAGCGUGACCUUCACGCCCUCCGUCCCGGGCCUGUAUGAGCAGUGGCUGGUGCUGGACUUCGACGUGAGGCCGGUGCUGCUGACGAAGCUCCGGGUCAGAGCCGGGCAGCCGACGCCGGACGACGCAGAAGAACCCGCCGUGACCCGCGGAGCCGCUUCCAAAAACACCGAGCGCUGGCACCGAGGGAACAGGGCCGUCGUCCCCUGUUCGUCCCGGACCGAAGAACAGGAGGAGCUGCUGAAGGAGUACAAACCUCCGCUCGUCAGCUUCCAGUUCACAUCCUCCUACAGCCGCCAAACGCCUCUGAACCAGAACAACUACAAGGACAGAAUGCAUCAGUUCCUGUACGGCGAGGAGCGAGCAGAAGACCAGGUCGUAUCAAGACUUAAUGUUUGUGGAGAGAUCACGACGAUGGGCAUGAAUGUGUCGAAUAAAACGGGUCCUGGAAGGGAGGUGGUCUGCGCCGUGCCGGUUCCAUGUAACCUCACACCCGACACCCCAGAAGGCCUGGCUCUACGCCGGAGCGUCCAGUCAGCCCUGGUCGCCCUGCGGCCUUCGACCGGCCACGGCAGUAAAGUCUACGAAGCCAGCAUCCUGCAUGAGCAGACCAUGGAGAACCAAAUGUACCUGCAGCUGAGCAGAAGGUGCUGCUCCGACCUGGACAUCCGGGCCGACAGAACCUACGAGAUGGAGGUCCAGUUUCAGAUGAACCGCCAAAGCUUCUGCACCAUGCACAAGGCUGUGGACCUGCUUCCAGACACCAGGCGUGUGAUGCCGGACCUCCAGAGCUGCAGCGUCCCUGUCAACGGCGUCCGCUGCGACGGGCUCAACGCCAAGCAGCAGUCGGCCGUUGACUUCAUCACAGGAGAUCCGAUAAAACAGGCACUGGUGGCACCGCUGCUCAUCUACGGACCCUUCGGAACCGGAAAAACCUUCACACUCGCUACAGCAGCCAGAGAGCUCUGCAGGAAGCCCGACAACAAAAUACUGAUAUGCACGUACACUAACAGUUCUGCAGACCUGUACGUCCGUGAGCACUUCCAUCCAUUUAUUGACGACAAACAAUAUCGAAUAAAACCGAUUCGAAUAAAAGCAAACAGACAGGGGAACACGCUGUUCGCCACAGAUGAGACCACUUUAAAAUACUGUUUCCUCAACGAAAAGAAGGAUUUUCUACUUCCACCGAAGGCCGUCCUGGAUCAACACAACAUUGUCAUAACCACCACAUUGAUGGCACGACGCUUCCACGAGUUGAAGCUUCCAGACGGAUAUUUCAGCCACAUCCUGAUCGACGAAGCGUCUCAGAUGCUGGAGUGCGAAGCCCUGAUGCCGCUCGGUCUGGCCGGACCCGACACCAGGGUGGUUCUGGCCGGAGACCACAUGCAAAUGGGCCCUAAGCUUUUCUCAGUGGACGACCACGACCGAUCCAAUCACACGCUUCUUACUCGUUUGUUCCACUUCUAUCAAGGCCAAACCUGUGAAACGGCGCAGAACAGCAGAAUCAUCUUCAGCGAAAACUAUCGCUCGACUCAAGAGAUCGUGGAAUUCGUCUCGACUCAUUUCUAUGUCAGCGGCGAUGUCAUCAAAGCGAGCGCAGCUGUCCCGCCUCCUCCCGACGGCCACGCCCUCAAGUUCUUCCACGUGAGGGGGGAGUGCAUCCUGGACAAGUGGUCUAUGUCCUGGUACAACAAACAGGAGGUGGUCAGCGUGGUCGAAGCAGUGAAAGACAUCCUCCAGACAUGGCCGUCGACGUGGGGGGUUCAGGACCAAGGAUCCAUCUGUGUUCUGUCAGAGGGAUGUCAGGUUCGACAAAUCAGAGCAGCGCUUUCGAAGGAAGGCCUGAGUAAAGUCAGAGUUCAGAAUCUGGCAAAUGUACAAGGCAGACAGUUCAGGAGCAUCAUCAUCACCUCCGUUCACACCCGCGACAGCCUGGAAACCUCUCACCUGCCCGGUCUGGAGCUGUUCAACGACGCCCGUGUGCUGAACACCGCCAUGACUCGAGCUCAGUCGUUGGUGGUCGCGGUCGGCGACGCCAUCGCGCUCUGCUGCUUCGGCAAAUGCUCACAGAUCUGGAAGAACUUCAUUGACCACUGCAUCAACAAUCACAGCGCCAACCCGCAGUAUUUCACCAAAGACUUCUUUGAAAAAGAAGUUGCAGAAAUGGCGAAGUUUCAAAAGUGUGAACCUGUGGAAGAAAAUAGCAUUUUAACUGAUGCCAUUCUGCAAGAGUUAAAGGCUGGUUAUGAAGCGUUUACAGCAGAGUGUGGUUCAGCAGAAGAUGGCUUCGAUUCCAAAGCUUCGAACUCCAGUCCAUCGUAUGACAGCACUGAACCUGACCCAGAAGCUUUAGCGUUAGUUACAAAACAACCACGGAUGUUCAAGCAUGGAACACUGGUCAGAGAGACAUACAAUCAAGGCUACGUCAUCCCAUUCGACAGUCCCAACACACGCAUCAGGGUGAAGGGGAGGCGGAGCCUGGGAAGGGCAUUCACCGGAGACGAGGUCAUCGUACAGACAGCGACCGUGGUCAGCAUCACCAAGGAGGAUGAAUCUGCACGGGUCCUCGUGUGCACAUUGGAGGAUGUAGAUCACAGCAAACCGAGUCAAAACUAUGAUGACAAGUACAUCAGACGGAUGAUGGUGCCCAUCACAAAAUCUGACCCGAAGAUCCGCAUCCUGAUCAGCAAGAGGAACCGCAACGUCAUUCCAAUAUGGGAGCAAACUGAUGGAUACUGGUCAAUUGUAGCGUCUGAACCUCUUAACGAAAGCCUCAAACAGAAUAAUGUGUUUCUGGUGCAAGUGAUUGGCUGGAGAGAAGACUGUUUCUGUCCAUUGGGCAAGGUGAUAGACAUUCUUCCAGCUGGACCAUCUUUGGACAAUGGACUCAGACUUCUGAAUAAAGAAUUUAAAGUCACAUCUACAUAUACGCCACUCACCGGUUUUUCCACAGAGGACGAGGACAAGUCCCUCAGGAAAAACAUGCGUGAGGUUACAACUUUCACCAUCGAUCCAGAAGUUGCUGAAGACCUGGAUGAUGCCAUCAGCGUCAGAGAAGAUAGAGACCAUUAUGAGGUGGGAGUCCACAUCGCAGACGUGUCGAGCUUCGUGACUCACGGUGGGAAAUUAGAUGAAGAUGCAAAACACCGCGGUACAACAUAUUACAGCGGUAGCAGCGGUGAAAAACCCAAAGAUAUGUUUCCUCCCAAGUUAAUCAAGGAACACUUCAGCCUUCUGCCAAACAAGGACCGCAGGGUGGUUUCACUGUUGUUCAGAGUUGACAAAAAAACAUACGAAGUCGAAGGAGAACCCAAGUUCCAGCUUUCAACAAUUAGAUCAGACAGGAAACUGUCAUAUAAGGAAGCAGAGAAAAUAAUCACCACAGGACGCAAAGAGAACCCAAACUUUGACCCAGUAGAAUGCUGUGUCAUGAUCGCUUAUCGUUUUGCAAAAGCUCAACGGAAGAGAAGGCUUAAGAACUGGGUUUACGCUCAACCAGAUGAAGAUCGACGGCCAGGGCAGCGCAAAGCCCAUCUGAUGAUCGAAGAGCUCAAUGUGUCGUUCAAUGUCCAGACAUCCAAGAAACUGACCAGAUCCACAAAAACAAGGAGUUUGGCACCUCUCCGCUGCCAGAAACGACCGGAUGUCGACAAGGUUGAAGAAUUCAGACAGAAAUGUGCAGAACUCAUACCAGUGUCUUUUUGUGUGUGGAAUGAAGUUGACUGUGAUGAAGAAGACACAACCUGUGAGAAGUUCCACAUUCUCCCCAAGGUUUGGGAAGACAUCCAAAGAGCCGCAAGAGACAAUGAUAUCGACAAAAUGGUGGACCUGGUUGCUGCAGAUGACAUCCACCCUCAGCUUAUUCCGCUCACUAAUCAGUUCAGAAAGUGCUCAAAUAAAGCUUAUGUCAUCCGCUCCAACUCGUCGGAGGAUGCGAAGGUUGGACACUACUCACUGAAAGUGAACCCUUACACUUACGCAUCUUCGCCAAUUCGCAGGUACAUGGACGUCGUUCUGCAGAGGCUUCUACACUCUGUCAUAUGUGAGAAGAAUGUCCCAUACACAACAAUGCAGAUUACAUCUCUGUGCAACCCCUUCGAGCAGAAGAUGAAGGACGCCAGUGAGUAUGAAAAAAAGGCUGAAAAAAUAUCAUACGCAGUGAGCAUGAGGAAACAGAACGUGCCAAAACUAGCCUUUGUGGUAAAUGCAGAGCCGGACACAGAGAGCUUUUUGGUGGCGUUUCCUUUUAACAAGAACGUCUUUCCAGAGAAUGUUCCAGUCAUGUACAGAGAUUUGCAACUGGAGGAUCAACCACUUUAUGAUGAGGACAAGCACUGCAUCACACUCCUAUGGAGGAGGAGGAUCUACGCAGCAAACAAAGAAGAGUUCCACCAACAGCUGAAAACACCUCCAGACUGUGGCCCACGCAUUGAACUUCCAGGACAAAUGUGGAAGUCAACCAUUGAAGCAAUUAAGAAAGAAACAUGGGAUGAUGCAAAGAAGCUCAUACUAUCUGCAGAGACUAAGCCAGUGUUGCCUCAAACCCAGAUCAACUCAUGUCCUUCUGAGCAGGAGGAGGGAGAGGAGGAGGAGCAUGAGGUUGACAUCAGUCUCCUGUUGCGACCAGGCGACACCCUUCAGGUCCAAAUGACAUCUGAGUUAAAGAGGGCUUACCUGAUACCUGCAAUUCAGUUGGUCAACAUCACACCAAAGUUUGAGGUCUGUGUGGAACACGUCCACAACCCCAUCACCUGCUUCUCACAGCCUGCUGAUAAUCAUUCAAAGCUAUACUAUCGGAGUCCGGAGGACUAUGUGAACAUCUGGAAACCCCUGUGUAAGAUGGAAUCUGCCUUUUCUGCGGUCCGUGAAGGCAACAGCAUCAUCAUCGAAGACCUGGUGGUGAAAUUCAGUCAUCAGGAAGACACGCUGACGGGAAGCUUCUUCUUACCGCAAACGCGGAUCGAGGAGUGGGCCAUCGAAUGCAACCUUUCAAAGUGUUUAUUGUGCGUACGAAAAAGAGGCCUGGACCUGAUUUCAACUCUGGAAGAGUCACAUCCUGCUCUGGUGGACCCUGACAAAUUCACAUGGGUGGCUCAUGGAGUCACAACACAAGACAAGGAGAAGAAAAGCCCUUCAGACUCUGGACGUACGGUGAAUUUCUACAUCAACUAUCUACCGAUGAAAAACAUCCCUGACUGUAUCUACAAGAGCAACACAAGUUUCACUGUUGAAAUCAUCCCGAAGAUGCUUCCAAACAUACGGGCGGAGGAUGCUGUGGGUAACAUUCCUGUUGCCUGUGACCUUGUGAAGGCCAUCGCACUUGGACUACGCAUUCCACGAGAAGUACUGUCGGGGUCCGUGGUUCGGAGACGGAUACCAGGCAUGUCAGACCUUAACUACAGCCAGCUCACAGCUGUGGAUAAAGCUAUAGAAAACACCUUCACACUCAUCCAAGGGCCGCCUGGAACCGGAAAGACAAUAGUCGGAGCGUACAUCGUGCACUGCUUCUUUGAGCUGAACUUGGAGAACCCGUGGACAUCUGUGGACCCGAAGGAUCAGAACAAGAAAUCAGUCAUUCUCUACUGCGGUCCUUCCAAUAAGUCUGUCGACGUCGUUGCAGAGUUUCUGUUGAAGUUCGGAGGAAAGCCAAAACUCCUCAGGGUCUAUGGUCAACAAGUGGAGAUGGUGGAUUACCCUUUUCCAGAAUGUAGACUUCAGUUCUCUCACAUGUCACGCCGCAAUGAGCCAGCGAACCCCAAGCUCCGGAGCAUCACCCUCCAUCACCGCAUGAGAGAACCACAAAACCCUUUUUCAACCCAAAUACGAGCCUUUGACAAACGCAUUAAGGCAAAGGAACAUCUGACUGCAGACGAGGUGAAAGAGUACAAGCAGCUUCUCCAAAAGGCUCGUAUAUAUGAGCUGGAAAGACACGACGUCAUUCUGUGCACGUGCACGCAGGCGUCCACGCCGAGCCUGACCAAGACGGUCAGCGCACGACAGAUCCUCAUCGACGAAUGCGCAAUGGCGACCGAACCCCAGGCCAUGAUCCCACUGGUCUGCAACAAGCCAGAGAAGAUUGUGUUGAUCGGCGACCACAAACAGUUACGUCCAAUCGUGUUGAAUGAGCAAGUGCGAAAGUUGGGGAUGUCCAGGUCUCUGUUUGAGCGCUACUACACCACCCACGAGAAGAGGGCUGUGAUGCUGGACACCCAGUACAGAAUGCACAGGGACAUCUGCAGGUUCCCAUCAGAGGAGUUUUAUAACGCACAGCUUAAAACCGGUGUGGAGCAGCCGAACAGCGUCCUGCUGGUGGACAAGGUUACCAUGCCGAUCGUUUUCGGAGACAUCAGAGGAAAGACGGUCAGUUUGGUCGUCAGCACGGCGAAGGGCAACGAGAACUCCAAAGCGAACCGUGAAGAGAGGAAGAAAGUGGUGGAGAUAGCACAGAUGCUGGUGGAGAACGCCAAGAUCCAACAGCAGGGCAUCGUGAUCAUAUCGCCCUACAACGCCCAAGUAUCGGAAAUCAAAAUGGAGCUGAAGGAGAAGAAGAUGGAGGGAAUCACUGUCACCACCGUCACGAAAAGCCAAGGAAGUGAAUGGCGUUACGUGAUCAUAUCGACCGUGUGCUCGGUACCAAGUGAAGAGAUGGAGGUCGAACCAGAGAGGGGGUGGCUUUCCAAACACCUGGGCUUUGUGGGAGAUCCAAACCAGAUAAACGUGGCCAUCACCAGAGCCAAGGAGGGACUGUGCAUCAUCGGGAACCAGCAGCUGCUCAGCAGAAACCCAACUUGGAGACAUUUGCUCGACUUCUACAAACGUCAAAACGCAGUGACUGAUGCAGACAAGAUUUCAGUUCGUUGUGUCUGAAAAGUCUGAUGUUUGGAUUCACCGUCCGUUGAGUUUUCAGUCGGUUAAUACGACACGAACAUCUGAGACAGAACACACAAAUGAUCUCACAAAACGUAGAAUUAG